UUGAGUAAACGUUGCGUCGCGUCAUUCGGAGCAAACCCUCGUACGCGAGUCACAGCAAGAGAAAAUGAUCAUCGAUAGAGUUUCUGAGGGAUUCUCGGGUCUUCUGGACCGGGACAGCGAUGUUAUGACGAGUCCGGUCCACCUGUUGUCGUUCUACGGAUGUUCAUCUCCCACAGAACCGAAUCUGUCGGUCGGAUCUCCGAGCUCUGAUUCGGAUCAGAGCUGGAGCAAUGCGGGUAGCCCCCAAAACAGCAUCAACGUGGAAGAGCACAGCGCGCGGAAACUGAGUCGGUAUCAAGGUGUGCGCGUCAAGAAAACUGUCAAAGAGCUGAUCAUGCAAAAACGCCAUCAAGAGAUUCAGGCUCAGCAAUAUCAAAUUGAAACUGAAUAUCCAGCCAUAACGCAAGUGCUGCAGAGAACCAAAAGGGAAGUGGAGAAUAUGUCUCUCUCUCCUGUGAAACGACUGCGAGUCACAGACGCAAACGUUCUGUCUCCAUGUGACGGUGAGAACAUGUUUUGUCACACUGAGAUGUUGGAGGAUAUUGGUGACAUCUUGCCCUCCAUGGAGAACAUGUAUACUUACUCCAUCCCACCACGCAUGCCCAGCCUCAAUAUGACUGCUGCACCCCCAGUGUCCUUUUUUGAAUGGCAGAUAAAGCACGAGGAGGAGAAACUGGCUGCUUUGAGCUAUGUGGAGCUCACCACUAGAGAUGGGGACGGAGACACGUUCUUGCACAUUGCGGUGGCCCAAGGCAGAAGAGCUCUGGCGUAUGUCCUCGGCAGGAAAAUGGCCGCCAUUGGCAUGCUGGACAUGAAAGAACACAACAACCAGAGUGCCUUCCAAGUCAGUGUUGCCGCAGAUCAACACCUGAUUGCACAAGACCUGCUUUUACUGGGAGCUGAAAUCAACACCAUGGACUGUUGGGGCCGAUCCCCAUUACACGUGUGUGCCGAGAAGGGCCACACCUCGACACUGCAGGCCAUCCAGAAAUCCAUGCAGACUAGUGGGCGACAAGUCAACAUGGAGGUGAUCAACUAUGAUGGACUUACGCCUCUCCAUGUUGCAGUCCUGUCCCACAAUGCUGUAGUGCAGGAGCUGUGCUGUUACGGGACACCCCCCUCUGCUCAGAAUCUGGCUUUGCUGCAGAAGAGGAAGCUGCUUGGGGAUUGUAUAAGCACUUUGUUGCUCAUGGGCGCUUCGCUGGAAACGAAGGACCGCAAAAGUGGCCGCACCGCUCUGCAUAUGGCUGCUGAAGAGGCUAACGUUGAGCUUCUGCGCCUUUUUCUGGAUCAGACCAACUACUUCUCUGUCAUAAAUGCUAAGGCAUUCAGUGGGAACACAGCGCUGCACAUGGCCAGCGCUCUGCAAGGCCGCCAGGCUCAAGUAGACGCGGUUCGAUUACUGCUGAGACGAGGAGCUGAUCCCAGUGCCAAGAACCUAGAGAAUGAGCAACCGGCCCAACUAGUGCCCGACAGUCCGUUGGGAGAACAGGUGCGUCGGAUCCUGAAAGGUAAAGGACCACAGUCCCGCUCAUGAGCGACCAUCCCAUUCUUCCCUUCAGAAUCACUGUCAGUUAGGCAGUCCGGUCUGUGUACAGAUUCAUUUGCCACUUCAGGCAGAUGUUGGUUGUUUCUAUGAAACAGUUUUAUCAUUGUUCACUACUGAGUAGUAGGUGGUACAGGAAAGUGAGAGCAACAGUUCAGAGAAGCUACCUGACAUUAGAAGAGGAAUCCAGUGUUAUGAGAAAAUUCAGGAAGGAGUAUUCAGAAGGUAAUAAUAAAUGAAAGACACAGCGUUAAAGAUAAAGAAAAUUAAGUCGUAUUGUCAUCCAGAUUCACUGGAUUGAACAGUGAAUCUUCUCUUGUUCAGUAGCAGAUCUGAAGUGUUGCAUUUGGCUCUGGUGUGUAAAGAUUGUAAACUAUAAUCUCUAAACAAUGUAACUACAUCUGUAUUGUUGUUGUUAUUAUUAUUACUCUUAUGUGUAUUUUGUCAGAAGGUUUGCACGUUAAACAUUAUCAACAGUCUUUACCUGAGAUGGUAAUCAGUAACUUUAAACCUGUUAAACCAGAAUGUCCUUGAUUGUUGGCCUAAGGCGUGUUUCAGCAUGUUAUUUUGGGACUUUCUUCCAUCGAUAAUUAACUUUCUGUGCGGUCAUGUGACUCUCUAGAAGUCGUCUAAUUAUUCUGGAUUAUUAUUCUGAUUUUUAUUAUUCUUUUUUAUUGUAACUGCUAUUCUCAGAAUCAACACUAAAACCCAAAAAUAGGGUUAAAGGUGUAUAUUUAUGACGACAGAAAGAGAUGAUUUUAGUGCAUUAUAACAGCUCAUAUUAGACAAAUCUGCAUGAUAUUGCUGAUGUAUAUGUUUUUGUGGUGAUGGGAUAAGUAUAUAUUGUUAUUUUGUGUAUAUAUAUUAUAUCAUUCAGCAUUAUUUUUCCAUUGUGGUUCAUUAGUGGGUUAAUGUUAGUGUUUCCCUUGCAGGUCACUUGAUAUUCUGUGAGUUUGAAUUGCCAGCUGUAAUUCAGUCUUAAAUAAGUCUUAAAUAAAGUUUCCUUGUUAGUGUC